AAGAGCAGGCAGGGAGGAGGCUCACAGGGGAGAGAUGUUGAUCUUCCAGCUCUAGGCAGAGUUUUAGGUUUAGUGUCAGCACUUGGGGCUCCAGGGAUUCUAAGGGGCAAGUGCAGGUGAGUGGGAGCAGCCGAGCCUGUGGGGCAGCUCCUCUGAAGCCCUCUGGGGAGUUGGAGCCGUCACACCUCACACCUGGUCCCUUUCAACCCAGGCCUAGCAGACAAUGCAGAAGAGCCAAGAAGCUGAGUCCAGCACCUUGAUCUCUCUGAGCCUCCUGUUGGGGGAGGACCCAGAACACCUGUCCCAGCAACUGCGGGCUACCAGUCUACCGGACAGGGAGCCACUUGGCUCUCCCGGCCUCUCCAAAGUGGGCUCAGAGUACCUGCCCUUCUGCACAUAUGAGCAGCCCCUGGCUGUGGAGGAGCUGGCCCAGCUGGCUGAAGCCCGCCCAGGGCACGAAGCUGGCUGGAGCAGCCGAGGGAGUCUGUUCCUCGAGGACUCAGCGCCACCCAGUGGCUUCUUCCCGUACUACCGUUCCCAGGAAGAGCACCUCACCAGUGCCACCACCACCCCUCAAGGCUGCAGCUGGUGUCUGGGCUCCAGAGACCCCUUUCCGGAAAGUGAGACACAAGAUGGCUGCCACAAAGUCACAGCCAGAGAUGGAUGCCUUUCUCUCUUGGCAGGGCCAGACCUGAUCUCUGGGUUUCCACCCUCACCAGUCUGCUGCUGCUGCUGCUGCUUGCAAGGGCUCAUGAGUGAUGAGAACCAGGUUGCCCUUCUCGCCGGGCACCAUGUUCAUGGGGCCUCAGGAUUUGUACCAUACUACAGGAGCCCUGAAGAGAGGCUACGCGCCAGCCCUGUGGUUUCCUCCUCUGUGCUGGGGAGUUCAUGGGAGUGACCCCCAACCUGGUGCUGCCAGCCUGGGAAGGCGCAGGAGUGAAGGCAGUGGGGACUCAUACUCCAGCGCCUCCUGGUCAUUGAGGGACAAGGGGAACUGGAACAGAGGCUCCCCACAGCUCAGGCCACCUGCCCUGGGACCACAGCUGGCCUAUCUACAACUCCCAAGAAGACUCUCAGUGGCUCCUCUGGCACCCUCAGAGAGCCCUCCCUGGCCCCCGCAGCCUCGCUGGCAUCCUCAGACUUCUCGCUGGACCUUUUUAAUGCAGAGCCCAGCUCCUUACCAGCCCGUGGCAGGAAACCCCUCCAUUCCGGCAACCUCGCCAUCCUGGAGGCCCCGAGGGCUGUGCAGCAGCGCCCCCUCCUGGCGCAUCUUGUCAGGACAGCUGGCUUCCAUGAGGUCUACAGUUUGAUUCUUCAGACACUGCCUAAGAAGGCACCACACCUACCUUAUAAAGAGCGACACCACCAGCCACCAGCUGCAGCAGCCUCUCAACCCUGGUGCAGCGACCUGGCAGCUGAGUCCUCAAACGGCCAAUGCACCCUCACUCCCCAGCCACAUGCUAUCACGCAGCUCCCGAAGUCUCACCGAGUGGACGACAGGCUGAAAAUCAUCUGAGCAUUCUCUGGGCAGACCCCAGGGAGCUGUCUUUGAGGAAGGAACCCUGUUCCCAAUGACAAGCUGACAAGCUCACACAGCAAACCUGAAGUCAG